UUUGGCUUUUCACGAAGAAUAAGAAAUUAUUAAUUUUACUGAUAAAUACACUUUAUUAUUAUCUAAGUAAUAACAUACUGUACCACUGAUCUUGAGUCCACCGAAGAUUGAACCUAACCCUCCUCUCUCCCAGCUUAAACGCACCCGUGAUUAUUAGUAUUUUUUUAUUAUAUUUAUUUUGAUGAUGGCUGAUGAACAAUCGAUAUUCAAUAAUAUUGUGUUACCUAAAUUAUUAAAGACCUCUUGUACUCCAUCUUUGCAAAGACCAGUAUAAAAUAGGAAGUCGGUUGAAGCGAGAAAGAAUUCCUUGGAAAAUUCGGUAUAAUUAAGCAGAAAUGUCUGUACUUCAAUAUCAAGAAGAUGAUGAUUUUGACAAUGCAUUUAAACAUUUGUUGCAACCUAUUGAAUCAAUUACAAAAAAAGAUGAAUGUGAAAUUUUUCAAUAUGAUCUUACUAAGAAAUUGAAUUCUUACUCAAAUCACUUGAGAAAAUCUCCAAAUGAUAGUUCCUCAGUCUUCGUAGAAGCUGCUAUAAUCAUUCAAAAUAUUUCACUUAUUUAUGAAAAAAAAGUCGACGUCACAAUCAAUGCCAUGAUGAAACUUAUUGGGAAAUUCAGAUCUUAUCGAUUAAAUGAAAACAUUGAUCCAGAUUAUUUUACAGAAAAGAAAGUAGGAAAUAAAAAAAAUAAAAGUAAUAAAAAGAUCAAAUAUUAUUCUUUUUUUGGGCCAAUUGAAGGUCAUCUUGUUAGAACAUUGAACAAUUUUGACUGCAAACUAAUAAAUUUGGGUAAUAAACCACGUGUAGCAAAAAUUGUAUUAAACACCAAUAUAAAAGUAGAUAAUAAAUACAGUAAAAUAUUGCCAUAUAUUUGUAAUGAAAAUGGAGAAAAAAUUGGAAAAAAAUAUGAUUUUAAGAUAAAUUUCCCUUUAGAUUAUGAUUUGGCUGUAAAUGAAGAAUUUUAUUGUCCCACUAAAGAAGAUUCAAAAUCUAAAAAUCCUAUCACAUAUCAAAAUAACAUUGACUCAAUACUAACAUUACCAAUGAAUUUAUUGAAUGUUGAUGAAAUACUACCAAGUGCUUCCAACUCAGUAAUUUUUUAUCAGAAUAUUAACAAUGACGUUUGCAGUGUUAAUGAAAUUUUACCAAAAUGCCUUUAUAUAAUAUUUUAUAGCCCAAUAAACAUAUUAAAUGUUAGUCAAAUAACUCCAAAUGAUGAAUUCAAUGAUCCAAGAACUCAAGUUUUAAAUUCCAAGUGUAAUUAUAAUAUAGAUAAAUUUUAUGCAAAAAAAAAGGAACGCCCAAAAAAAGAUGGAGAAAUAUUAUUGCCUAUGCAUAUAAAUACAGAAUUGAAUUCCUUGGUUCACGAUGAGAGAGUAGAAGAAACAUUGGAAAAUGGUGAAUCAAUUGAAAAUGUUCAAACAUAUCAAAGAAGUUCUAUUAAAAUGCAGAAUUAUGAAAAAAAUCAAAUGGAAACAAUGAAUGAACAAUUGAAAAUGCAAAAACGAGUUCUAGAAUGGCAUGAUAAUCUUCGAUCAAUUUUGGAAAAAGAAGAAAAAAUGAUUGAGUUUGAUGUACAUGAAUACGGAACACGUAUAUUAAACUGCUUUGAAUCUAUUGGGGAACAAAAAUUAUUCAAAGAUUUAGUAGGAGGGAUUGACAAAGUAGAAGUUGCUAGAUAUUAUCUUUCUUUGUUAAUGAUGGUUAAUACAAAUAAUUUGGAAGUAUCAAAUCAUACUUAUCGAAAUGAAUUAUUAGUAAAACUAUUAAAAAAGGAACGUCAUCAUGAAGAACUACAAAUUAAUAUUAAGAAUCUAGUGAACCAAAAACAAAAUGCAUUAUGAAUAUUUAAUGUGCAUUUUUUUUUUUUAACC